UCUUUCCCUACAUUUUUGGCUUUUAGAAACAUACUUUCCAACAACAGGCAAUUUGAUUUGUAUGUUCUACUCUUGAUUUAGCUAGCUCAUUCUGAUGGCCAGAGAUUUUACGAAAAACAAGUUUUCCCACAAUCUCCCAAUUUCUGCGUGUCACGGUAACCAAUGGCACUAAAUAACAACACUGUCUAAACACUUUCGGGACCAGAUUGUAGCUAUGGACAAGGGCCAGUACAACAGUGAAAGGAAGUUUUGCAAGGGCAGUUUAGCAGCAGAUAGUAUAAAAGGUAUCCUUGAAACAAAGUAAAAUAACUAUAACAGGUACAACAGCAGUUACUGAAACAGACCUGUGCUCUGCAUGCAAAAAAACCCCAACAAAAUAAAGAAGGUACAGCCAUUGCUCAGCUAAAAAUUCCUCCAGUAUGUGAAUAUCUUUUCUGCCUCAGAAAGUGAAGAUUCAGUCCUAUAGCAGUAAUGAAGUAUAUUCUCACACAGAGAUGAAUUUUAAAGAAACCAUGCUGAGAUUCCUGGCCAAGCAUGGAUUCCAGUCUGGAUAAGGAGAUGUUGUCUCCCUCCUGAUCUGCAUGAUGGCUUCAUUUCAUGAACACAUGCCUUGAAUUUUCCUCAGUCAUGUUGCAUGAAGGAUGGAGACUUUGAGAGCCCUGCAGCUGGAGCAGAUGUGGCUGUUAUUGGAGGUGUGAUUGCUGCGGUAGUAUUUGUCCUCAUCUGCCUGCUGGUAGUGAUGGUCCGGUACAUGUAUAGACAUAAGGGCACCUACCACACCAAUGAGGCAAAAGGAACUGAGUUUGCUGAAAGUGCAGAUGCUGCUUUAAAAAAUGACCCCACUCUUCAGGAAGCAGUGGAUGAAAGCAAAAAGGAAUACUUCAUCUGAGAGGCAAGGAUUUCCAUGAAGACUUCCACAAGUGAAUCAGUCAGAAAUGCUAAAUCAACAGAAGUGCUAAGAAAUGGAUAAUAUGAGGAUACAGGCAAGCAUCCUAGUUGAAAAGUAUCUCUACUUUUUGUUGUCACUGGGUUGUUUCUUUUCCUCUACCAGUGAAGAACUAAAAGCCAGAUACUUGCCUGUUGAUUUUAUUAGCAGCACAGCUUGUCACAGUUGAAAUCAAUAUCAAAUAGAAGAAACAAUAUCUCAGUAUGAAUGAUACACCAAAACCAGAUAAAGAUAGCAAAUGUCAAGCCUUGCAAGUUAAUGAUGCAUCCUAUGCUGAUAUGAUACUACCUGAAAUUGAAUUUCAAAUGGUCACAGAACAAACAUUAAACUAGAUAAAGCUGAUGUAGCUGGAACAAAAACAGCUUUGUAGACUAAAUAUCUUACUCUUCCCCUUAAAUGUUCAAUUUUAUUGGCACAGGGGAAUCUGUUUUGUUUGUCUGAGGAUUUAGAUUGGUUUUUUGUUGGUUUUUUUAAUUUUACAUGUGUAAAAAUCAAAGACACUUCAAGGAAAUAAAACUGUUGGAAAACGGGAAAGGUAAUAAUGAAGGAUUUAUUUCUUGCAGCUUGAGAACUGCAAAAGGUUGGAAUUUGCAAUGUAGUAUGUAAUAUUCAGUAGACUUACAAAUAUGAUUCCAAUUAGUUGGUAAGGUCCCUGCAUGUGUGCAUAAAUAGGUAGAUAUUAAAAUGUAAAACAGCCUGGUUUGAGCAGGCCGUUUGAGAUGAUGAAGCUCAGCUAGAUAUUUUCAUGUAAGAUAUUUUUGCCUGAGUAUUUAUUUAUUUAUUUUGCAUUGGAAAAUUCUCUUGAAUGCCCACCAGCAGGAUUUUGGAUUUUUGCAGAGAGAGGAAUUCAGUUCUGGUGCAGAUACUGAUGCAUCUGUCACAAAUGCAACCAUAACUACAAAGAAGCUUGUUCAUCUGCACCCCACUGGCUGGUAUUGAUGUCUCCCUCUGUAUGGCUUCUGUAUAUGCUUUACAUUCUGCUAGAUAAGUCAAUUACACUGAUCAUCGAUGCUUUAUUAUAAAUAAAUAAUUAGUCUAUCACAUGAAAAGAUUAUAUUCCUCAUCUAAGAGUCAACAGUGAUGAGUUCCUUUACCCCAUUAAGUUGGCUUCCUAAUUGAAGACCACAGUUAGCUCCAGAAGUAGGAUAAUUGUUCUCUGCACCUGCUCAUCCCCAGCUGUGAUGGUUCCCUGAACUGCUGAAAAUAGAGGCAGAGAAAUACAAGAUAUUAGAUAAGACAUUGAUGAGCUCUGCUCAACUCAGUAUGCUUUUUCCCAUAUUUUGCUUUCUAUAUGGGUAUAUAUAAAGUCAUCUACAGCUGUGCUUGAGACAUUGUUGCUGAUCACUUGUACUCGAUUCUCUUCACCAAAGCUGGGAAAGCUUCUGGACUCCAAUAUUUACUAUGGACACUGGCCACACGAACGCUGUAAGAAAAGAAAGAUAUGAACAAGAAAAGACUCUUGAGAACCCAAGUGACGAAAUGGGAUAUUUUUGUCUUUCAAUAGCAAUUUCAGUCUUUUCUCAGUACCCAAAGGAUAUGUAAUCUGAAUUAUUCUUAGAAUCUUAAAUCCCUGCAUUUGCAUUUUUACCAAAGAAUACCAAUAUUGUGCCAAAUCUACUAAAUGCUUUUGUACAAAUCUACUGAAUGCAUUGUACAACCACAUUAUAUUCUGUGACUCUUGCAGUAUAAAAUGCACAAAACCCA